UUCGUUUUUAUUUUGUUCUUGCAGGUCACGUGGGCGGCUGUGGCAUAACGGAGGAGGUCUCACAAUGGAUGGAGAAUAUACAAAAUUCAGCGGUUGAGGAGCUGCCAGUGCCCAUGUCAAAGGAUGUCCAAAAGCUGCACCGGAAACAGCAACACAAAAAAGCAACGGCUGCCCAGCAACAACAACAACAGCAGCAGCAACAACAACAACAGCAACAGCAACAAUAUCCACCGAAGAAAUACGCCAGCAGCGAUGAUGAUUUCAAAUUGCCACAUCAGAAAUAUACAAAGGAAGCAAACUUGGGCGAUGGCAACGGUGGAUUCUAUGAUCCAGAGACCGGACGACGCUUGGGCACCACGGCCAAUGUCGCCGAGUGGCGUCAACUGGUCCACGAGCGUGUGCGUCGCGCCAGUGGCAACGGCGGCGCUGGUGGCAACAAUGCCGCGGCUAACGGUUCAUCUGGCGCCGGACGCGGACGUGAGGAUAACAAGAAUACCUGCUCGCUGUAUAUACAAACAGAUCCAUUGAUUUGGCGUCAUAUACGCGAGAGUAUUGCUGAUCAUAUGCAGCACGAUCGCGGUCGCAAGUACGAGAUAGAUGUGAAGACCCGGGAGGAAAUCACUUCGCUGAUUGCACAUCAUGUGACGGCCGUUAAUUACAUUUACCGCAACACAAAGUUCGAUGGACGGACGGAGCAUCGCAACAUACGCUUUGAGGUGCAACGCAUUAAAAUCGACGACGAUUCCGCCUGUCGCAAUUCUUACAAUGGGCCACACAAUGCAUUUUGUAACGAGCACAUGGAUGUGUCGAACUUCUUGAAUCUCCACUCGCUAGAGGAUCACUCAGACUUUUGUCUAGCCUAUGUAUUUACCUACAGAGAUUUUACGGGCGGCACUUUGGGCCUGGCCUGGGUGGCCAGCGCGUCGGGCGCCUCGGGCGGCAUUUGCGAGAAGUACAAAACCUACACGGAAACUGUGGGCGGCCAGUACCAGAGCACCAAGCGCUCCUUGAACACGGGCAUCAUCACCUUUGUCAACUACAACAGUCGCGUCCCACCAAAGGUGUCGCAGCUGACGCUGGCCCAUGAGAUUGGACACAAUUUUGGAUCACCGCACGACUACCCACAAGAAUGCCGUCCCAGUGGACCCAACGGCAACUUCAUAAUGUUUGCCAGCGCCACCUCUGGCGAUCGGCCCAACAAUUCGAAAUUCUCACCCUGUUCCAUACGCAACAUUUCCAAUGUGCUGGAUGUGCUGGUGGGCAAUACGAAACGCGACUGCUUCAAGGCAUCGGAGGGCGCCUUCUGCGGCAACAAGAUCGUGGAGUCGGGCGAGGAGUGCGACUGUGGCUUCAACGAGGAGGAGUGCAAAGACAAUUGCUGCUAUCCGCGCCUGAUCAGCGAAUACGAUCAGUCGCUCAACUCGAGUGCGAAGGGCUGCAGGCGUCGCGCCAAGACGCAGUGCUCGCCGUCGCAGGGCCCGUGCUGCCUGGCCAACUCCUGCGCGUUUGUGCCCUCGCACUUCCACCAGAAGUGCAAGGAGGAGACGGAGUGCAGCUGGUCGAGCACCUGCAAUGGCACCACGGCCGAGUGCCCCGAGCCCCGGCACCGCGAUGACAAAACGAUGUGCAACAACGGCACCGCCCUGUGCAUACGCGGCGAGUGCAGUGGAUCGCCCUGUUUGCUCUGGAAUAUGACCAAAUGCUUCCUCACCUCGACGACGCUGCCGCACGUGGACAAGCGCAAGCUCUGCGAGCUCGCCUGCCAGGAUGGCAACGAUACGUCCACCUGUCGCAGCACCAGUGAAUUCGCUGCCGAAUACAACAUCCAACCGGGUGGCAUCAGCCUGCAGCCGGGCUCACCCUGCGACAACUUCCAGGGCUACUGCGAUGUGUUCCUCAAGUGUCGCGCCGUCGACGCGGACGGACCGCUAGUGCGGCUCAAGAAUCUGCUGCUCAAUCGGGAAACCCUGCUCACCGUCACCGAGUGGGUCACCGGCAACUGGUAUCUGGUGGUGCUCAUUGGCGUCGGCUUCAUCGUCGUCCUGGGCGCAUUCAUCAAAUGCUGCGCCGUGCACACGCCCAGCUCCAAUCCGAAGAAGCGCCGGGCUCGACGCAUCAGCGAAACGCUGCGUGCCCCAAUGAAUACGCUGCGUCGCAUGCAGCGUCAUCCCAAUCAACGUGGUGCUGGGCCGCGCAGCAUUCCACCGCCCGCGCACGAGGCGCAGCAUUAUCCGAGAGGUGGGGGCGGUGGUGGCGGCGGACGACACGGUGGAUCACGUGGACACAAUCACCACAAUGCGCAUCCGCACGAAUGGGAUCGGCAUCAGGGCGGCCAUUCGAUAGUCCCGCUGCCCACGGGCGGCAGUCACUCCAGCCGCAGUGCCCCGGCGAAUCAGGCGCGUCGCAGCGAUGGGCGUGGCGCACGGCCCAGCAGCAGUGGCAGGCCGCAGGCGAGCGGCGGAGCAGCCGGACGAUCUGGGUAUGGAGCCGAUCAAACGGGCGUGGGUGGUGCUAUGGGUGGUGGUGUGCAGGCGGCCAUUAGCAGCGGUGGUGUGGUGGCGCGUGCGCAGCUGCCGCUGCCAUUGCUGCCGGCAAAUGCACAACAACAACAACAACAACAAGCACUCUCACCGCAACAACAACAACAACAACAACAGCCGCAAGCGUUCUAUGCGCCGAAAGAAUUACCGCCACGCAAUAAGUCCCGCUCGUCACGUACCACGGCCACGCCCCCGACAGUGGCUGGCAGCAGUAAGCAAGCCAAAAGCGCCAAAGUCAAAGACACACAACAACAACAACUACAACAACAACAGAACAACAAACACAACAACAGCAACCGCARCCGCAGCCGCAGCAGCAGCAAAGACAAGGCAACAGCAGCCGCUGGCAAGAUGCGCCGCAAUAUUGUUUACUAAAUGUGGAACGCUUGGAAUUGGAACGCCUCAACACAUGCCAUAUACAA